ACCAUUUAUCCUCUUUGCGGAAAGAAGCAUGAGGGUUUAUUAAAAAAAAGAAAAAGAAAGAUUUGAUCUUGGCUUCUUUUCUGAACAUUUCCCCAUAGUAGCAUUUGGCUUAGAAAGGGAAGAAGAAACAGAGGAAAGAGGAGAAUGGGACGGUCUAAGAGACUGGCUUGUCUCUUUCUGUUAGUUUUGCUGGUUACCUGCGCAAUUGGAGAUGACCCUUACAAGUUCUACUCUUGGAAUGUCACUUAUGGAGACAUUUAUCCUCUUGGAGUUAAACAACAGGGGAUACUGAUUAACGGCCAAUUCCCAGGUCCCCAGAUCGAAUCAGUGACCAACGAUAACUUGAUUGUCAAUGUUUACAACAGCUUGGACGAACCUUUUCUCAUCUCCUGGAAUGGAGUGCAGCAGAGGAGGAACUCAUGGCAGGAUGGAGUUUAUGGGACCAAUUGUCCAAUCCCACCAGGGAAGAACUUUACUUUCGUUCUUCAAGUGAAAGAUCAGAUUGGUAGCUACUUCUACUUCCCUUCUCUUGCAUUCCACAAGGCUGCAGGAGGCUAUGGUGGCUUCAAAAUUGCUAGCCGCUCUGUCAUUCCUGUGCCUUUCCCUCCCCCAGCGGGGGAUUUCACCAUCUUGGCAGGAGACUGGUACAAGAGAAAUCACACUGAUUUGAAGGCCAUUUUAGACGGUGGAAGUGAUCUUCCAUUCCCUGACGGGCUCGUCAUUAAUGGCCGCGGCUCUAAUGGUUACACAUUCACAGUUGAUCAAGGUAAGACUUACAGAUUCAGGAUAUCAAAUGUGGGCCUGACAACAUCCAUCAACUUCAGAAUCCAAGGGCAUAAAAUGCUGCUGGUUGAGGUGGAAGGAACCCACACUCUCCAAAACACUUAUAGUUCUCUUGACAUUCAUCUUGGCCAGACUUACUCCGUAUUGGUCAUUGCUGAUCAACCGCCACAAGACUACUACAUUGUUGUCUCCACAAGAUUCACCUCCCAGGUGCUUUCUACGACCUCCAUUCUCCAUUACAGCAACUCAGCUUCCUCUGUUUCUGGCCCUCCCCCUGGCGGCCCAACCACCCAGAUUGAUUGGUCUUUAGAACAAGCUCGAUCACUCAGGCGUAAUCUGACAGCAAGCGGACCAAGGCCUAACCCUCAAGGAUCAUACCAUUAUGGUAUGAUCAACACAACACGUACAAUUAGGCUUCAAAAUUCCGCACCAAUCAUCAACGGGAAGCAGAGAUAUGCCGUGAAUAGUGUGUCCUUUAUUCCUGCUGAUACACCCCUCAAGCUUGCUGAUUACUUCAAGAUCUCAGGAGUUUUCUCCCUUGGAAGCAUCCCAGACAACCCCACUGGCUCCGGUGGUUACCUUCAAACUUCUGUUAUGGCUGCCGACUUCCGUGGCUUUGCUGAGAUUGUCUUUGAGAAUCCUGAAGACACCCUGCAAUCUUGGCACAUUGAUGGCCACAACUUCUUCAUCGUAGGGAUGGAUGGAGGACAAUGGUCAGCUGCCAGUAGGUCGAGUUACAAUUUAAGAGACACGAUUUCUCGCUGUACUGUUCAGGUGUAUCCCAAGUCAUGGACUGCAAUAUACAUGCCUCUGGACAACGUGGGGAUGUGGAAUGUGAGAUCAGAGAACUGGGCUCGUCAAUACUUGGGGCAGCAAUUCUAUCUUCGUGUGUAUUCGGCUGCAAAUUCAUGGAGAGAUGAAUACCCUAUCCCAAGCAAUGCUCUCCUAUGUGGUCGGGCUAUAGGCCAUAGCAUUUGAGCUCUCUAUACGAUAAGAAGUAAGAACCAGUUCAUUCAUAUACGCCCAGCAUCAGUAGCAGUUGUAUUCAAGGCUCAACUCGAGCCACUUUCCUCCUUCAUUCCUUUCGCGGUAUUCAUUUUUACUCCAUAGAGAUUUUGUUUGUCCCAAGAUAUGGAAUAGACGAUUGAUCAUUUGAGCCUCAUUUACGAUAUAAUAUAAGUAGUGAUAUGAAGUAAUGUUCACGAAUCAA